GUACGUGUGUGUGUGUGUUUGAGACAGUCUGUUCCCUUCCAGCCAGACAGCAGUUUUGUGUCCGCGUCUGCAACAGUGUGUGCGUUUCCCGCAGUCGGACAACAGGGGGAGCACCGGUGUCAGUGUGACUCCUUUCUUGUGUUUAAACCGAAGGAUGCGGUGAAUUCACACACAGUCGAGGUGAAUGCAGUCACGUGACCGCGGCUCGCCGUUGGUGAGUUUCUUCCAUUAUGGCGGAGCAGUUAGCCGUGCCGAUGGACUGUCUCUCCCUCACCGAUGCUUGUUUUGUGUCUUGAGGGAGGGCUUUUUACUUUUCACAUUCUCCAACGCACCCCUGGUUUCGUGUCGUCUUGAAGACACCCACAUUUAUCGGCGAAGUCAUGGCAGACCGCGGCGUGGAUUUGUCCGCCCUGCCAAAAGAGGUUAGGGACCAGUUGGCGGAGUUGGACCUGGAGCUGUCUGAAGGUGACAUCACGCAGAAGGGCUAUGAGAAGAAGAAAGCCAAACUGCUGGCGUCCUACAUCCCCCGUUUGCCAAAUGCAGAUCUUUCCUUGCCAGAUGUCCAGCUUUCUCCAAACCAUAGUGCUGACCCCAGCCCAAGUCCUGAGGCCCCGGGCCCCUCCACCUCUUCAGCCUCCAGACACCACCGUGCACACCGCAGUGGAGGGGCCAGGGAUGACCGUUACAGAUCAGACAUCCACACAGAAGCUGUGCAGGCAGCACUGGCCAAACACAAAGAGGAAAAGAUGGCACUGCCCAUGCCAACAAAGAGACGCUCAGCCUUUGUCCAGUCUCCCAUAGAUACCUGCACACCUCCAGACACGUCUUCUGCAUCAGAGGAUGAGGGCUCAUUGCGUAGAAAGGCAGCACUCAGCGCAGCACUGGCCCAGAGCCUCCAGAGCCCCGAUUACUGGAUCAACCGUUCCGUCCAAAGCUCCUCCACCUCCUCAUCUGCUUCCUCCACCCUCUCCCAUGGAGAGCCCAAAACUCAGCAACCGCCACAGCUUCAACCUGGAAUUUCUGUGUUGGCAGAUGUAUUGGCCCACACACGUAUAGAAAACAGUGUCCCUCCAGAUGUGACGUCCUCCACUCCUCAGGAGAGAGGAUCCAGAGUGGACCUGGCCCCAGCAGUCAGGGGCAUGAGUCGUGGACAGAGCCGCUCCAGCAUGUUGGACACUGCUGACGGAAAAAGAAAAGGAGUGCCCGUCAACAGCAGAGUCUCCACGAAAAUACAGCAGCUGUUGAACACACUGAAACGGCCCAAAAGACCUCCACUCAGUGAAUUCUUCUUGGAUGACUCUGAGGAAAUUGUAGAAGUUCCUCAGCCAGAUCCCAACACACCCAAGCCUGAGGGCCGUCAAAUCAUCCCAGUAAAAGGAGAGCCACUCGGAGUGGUCAGCAACUGGCCGCCCGCCCUACAGGCUGCUCUGGCCCGCUGGGGGGCCACACAGGCCAAGAGUCCAGCCCUCACUGCUCUGGACAUCACCGGCAAACCCCUCUACACACUCACAUAUGGCAAACUGUGGAGUCGUAGUUUAAAGUUGGCCUACACUCUGCUGAAUAAACUUGGCACAAAGACCGAGCCAGUCCUUCAACCAGGAGAUCGGGUGGCGUUGGUGUAUCCUAACAGUGACCCUGGCAUGUUCUGGGUAGCGUUCUAUGGCUGCCUAUUAGCUGAGGUCAUCCCUGUGCCUAUAGAGGUUCCACUGUCACGACAGGACGCAGGCAGUCAGCAGAUUGGUUUCCUGCUGGGCAGCUGUGGUGUCAGUCUGGCACUGACCAGCGAGGUGUGUCUCAAAGGACUGCCCAAGACACAGAACGGAGAGAUCAUCCAGUUCAAAGGAUGGCCGAGGAUGAAAUGGGUGGUGACAGACACCAAGUAUCUGACCAAGCCGUCCAAAGACUGGCAGCCACACAUCCCCACUGCCAACACAGACACCGCCUACAUAGAGUACAAAGCGAGUAAGGAGGGAACAGUGAUGGGAGUUGCUGUGUCCAAGAUCUCCAUGCUGACUCACUGUCAGGCUCUGACCCAGGCCUGCAACUACUGUGAAGGAGAAACACUGGUCAACGUGUUGGACUGCAAGAAGGACAUGGGUUUGUGGCACGGCGUCUUGACGAGCAUCAUGAACAGAAUUCACACCAUCACGGUGCCCUAUGCUGUGAUGAAGGCCUGUCCCAUGUCCUGGGUGCAGAGGGUCCACAUUCACAAAGCACGCGUGGCCUUGGUUAAGUGCCGUGACCUCCACUGGGCCAUGAUGGCCCACAAGGACCAAAAAGACACCAACUUGUCCUCCAUACGAAUGCUAAUUGUGGCAGAUGGAGCCAAUCCAUGGUCGGUGUCAUCGUGCGAUGCCUUCCUGAAUGUUUUCCAGUCUCAUGGUCUGAAGCCGGAGGUCAUUUGUCCAUGUGCCACGUCACCUGAAGCCUUGACGGUGGCCAUACGCAGGCCUGGUGCACGAGGUGCUCCACUACCAGCCAGAGCCAUCCUGUCCAUGGGCGGGCUGAGUCACGGUGUGAUCAGGGUGAACACAGAGGACAAAAACUCUGCUCUCACUGUUCAGGAUGUGGGCCACAUUAUGCCUGGAGCUCUGAUGUGCAUCGUGAAACCAGAAGGGUCUCCUCAGCUGUGCAAGACCGAUGAAAUAGGGGAGAUUGUCAUCAACUCCCGAGCUGGAGGCACAAUGUACUACGGUCUGCCUGGUGUGACCAAAAACACCUUUGAGGUCAUUCCUGUCAACCAAGCUGGGGCUCCCAUUGGAGAAAUUCCCUUUUCUCGCACUGGUCUGCUUGGAUUUGUAGGACCGGGAAGUCUGGUGUUUGUUGUGGGAAAGAUCGAGGGGCUGCUGCUGGUGAGCGGACGUCGUCACAACGCAGACGAUCUGGUGGCCACUGCGCUCGCUGUGGAGCCUGUCAAAACAGUUUACAGAGGGAGGAUUGCAGUGUUUUCAGUGACAGUGUUUUAUGAUGAGAGGAUAGUGAUUGUGGCAGAGCAGAGGCCUGAUGCCAGUGAGGAGGACAGCUUCCAGUGGAUGAGUAGAGUACUGCAGGCCAUCGACAGUAUCCACCAGGUCGGCCUCUACUGCCUGGCACUGGUCCCAGCCAACACCCUGCCCAAGACGCCACUCGGAGGAAUCCACGUCUGUGAGACCAAGCAGAACUUUCUGGAAGGAAAUCUGCACCCAUGUAAUAUCCUCAUGUGCCCCCACACCUGUGUGACCAACAUGCCCAAACCACGACAGAAACAGCCAGUGGACGUGGGUCCAGCUUCCAUGUUGGUUGGAAACUUGGUGGCAGGGAAGCGGAUCGCUCAGGCUACAGGCAGAGAACUGGGCGUGGUGGAGGACCAGGAUCUGAUCCGCAAGCACCAGUUCCUCUCUGAAGCUCUGCAGUGGAGAGCCCAGACCGACCCAGAUCAUGUUCUCUAUGUGCUGCUGAAUGCCAAGGGGGUAGCAGUGUGCACAGCCACCUGUGCUCAGCUGCACAAGAGAGCAGAAAAAAUCACAGCCACCUUAAUGGAGAGAGGCGGCCUUAACACAGGAGACAAUGUAGUUCUGCUCUAUCCUCCAGGUAUCGACCUGAUUGCUGCCUUUUAUGGCUGCCUAUACGCGGGGGUAAUCCCUGUGACGGUGAGGCCGCCACACCCACAGAACCUUGCUGCUACUCUGCCCACUGUCCGCAUGAUCAUCGACGUGAGUAAGGCGUCCUGCAUCCUCACCACCCAACCUCUCAUGAGGAUCCUCAGGUCCAGGGAAGCUGCUGCCAGUGUCAACAUCAAGACGUGGCCCACAAUCAUUGAUACAGAUGAUCUUCCCAGGAAGCGGCCCCCUCACAUCUAUAAACCCCCCACAGCAGAGAUGUUGGCUUACCUGGAUUUCAGUGUUUCCACCACAGGAAUGUUGACUGGAGUCAAGAUGUCUCACGCAGCCAUCAGUACCCUGUGCCGCUCCAUAAAGCUGCAGUGUGAGCUCUACUCCUCACGCCAAAUAGCCAUCUGUCUGGACCCAUACUGUGGCAUGGGCUUCGUCCUGUGGUGCCUCUCCAGUGUUUACUCAGGUCACCAGUCCAUCCUUAUUCCUCCUCUGGAGCUGGAGAGUUCACUGCCUCUGUGGCUGAGCACGCUCAGUCAGUACAAGAUUCGAGACACCUUCUGCUCCUACUCUGUCAUGGAGCUGUGCACCAAAGGCCUGGGCACGCAGACGGAAAUGUUGAAGGCGCGGGGUUUGAACCUGUCGUGCGUGCGGAGCUGUGUGGUGGUGGCAGAGGAGAGACCUCGUCUGGCUCUGAGUCAGUCCUUCUCCAAGCUCUUCAAAGACCUCGGUCUGUCGUCACGUGCCGUCAGUACUGCUUUUGGCUCCAGGGUCAACUUAGCCAUUGGUCUGCAGGGCACAGCUGGACCAGAUCCUUCCACCGUCUAUGUGGACAUGAAGUCUCUGCGUCACGACAGGGUGAGGCUGGUGGAGCGAGGAGCGCCACAGAGUCUUCCACUCAUGGAGUCAGGAACUAUCCUGCCUGGAGUGAGGGUCAUCAUCGUCAACCCGGAGACCAGAGGUCCUCUGGGAGACUCCCAUCUUGGAGAGAUCUGGGUGAACAGUCCUCACAGUGCCAGUGGCUAUUACACCAUCUACGGGGAGGAGAGCCUGCAGGCAGAUCACUUCAACACCCGGCUCAGCUUUGGAGAACCACACACCCUGUGGGCCAGGACGGGCUACCUGGGCUUCAUUAAGAGGACGGAGCUGCUGGACGCUAGUGGAGAUCGUCACGAUGCCUUGUUUGUCGUCGGUUCUCUGGAUGAAACCUUAGAACUGAGGGGGCUGCGUUAUCAUCCCAUUGACAUUGAGACGUCUGUGUCACGAGCCCACCGCAGCAUCGCAGAGAGUGCUGUGUUUACAUGGACCAACCUGCUGGUGGUGGUGGCUGAGCUGAGCGGCUCGGAGCAGGAGGCCUUAGACCUGGUCCCCCUGGUCACCAACGUGGUGCUGGAGGAGCACCACCUCAUCGUCGGGGUGGUGGUCAUCGUGGACCCCGGCGUGAUCCCCAUAAACUCCCGAGGAGAGAAGCAGAGGAUGCACCUGCGAGACUCCUUCCUGGCCGACCAGCUGGACCCCAUCUACGUGGCCUACAACAUGUGAACACCCACCUUUCUCCAACUGAUGCAGAACACUGAGCCAGACUCUGAGGCGGGAGGUGUGAGGGGAAGAGAAUCGGGGGUGCAGUCGGCAGUGACCCCUCCCUCCCCCCCGGGGUUUCUCCUCAGACACAGGUUAAAAACACCAAACAUCGUGGGAACGCAGGUAAAAAAAAAAUACCAGCACUGGAAUGAGAUUGUGCUUCCUUCCUGCCCCCACCUGCUCGACCGCCGCAGUCAAGGUUCACUGAGAUUUUCUCUGCUGUCACCUGGAGGAAGUUUGUCUUUAGUCCUCUGUUCAUCCUGAUGGCACAAAUUACUGUUUUUAUUAGACAUGUUUUUAUUUCCUUUUUACAUUGAAGAACAUCAUCUGUCCUUCCAUUCUUUUCUUCAUCCUUCUGUGUUCAUGGUUUCACCUUUCAACCUCCUCCAUCACUGAUUGGCAGGAUGUUGGGCUGGAACUGCUGAGAGGAACUGGAACUCUGUCCUUUUGCACUUUCCUCUAAGUCCAGACGCCUCUCGAGUCCACUUCCUGUCUCACCGGCCUCAUCGUGAGCCCCUCCUCGUCCCUCGUGUCUGCUGCUGUCACGAGAACAAAUCCGCGUCAGUAUUAAAACGUGCCACCAGCAAGUGCAGCCCCACAGGGCAGACCUGACACCUUACCUUCCCAGCAGGGUGCACUGUGGCCUGUCACACACCGUCACACACGUGUCCAACAAUGACUUGAAUAGUUUUUUGAUGCAGGAUUUAACAAAACAAACGAAAAAACAACAAUGCGCAUGUUUUUGUUUUUUUUUUUCAGUGUGAUUUUAAUAGGAGAUGAUCUCAUAGAUAGAAAUUAAGAUUUUGAUCAUUCGAAAUUUUCGAAACAAAAAAGAGCAGAGAAAAGCUGUCUGGUGUCUGGGUGUGCUUGCUGAUUUAGAAGUCGUCUCACAUGCAGCAGAAGGACGGCUCAGAUGGCAGCGGUGGAUCAGUGGACGUUGAACAUCCUCACUUCUUUUUGUGCCUUUUCUUUUAGAACGCCGACAAAUGAAAGCAGUAAAAAUCCAUUUUCUUGGUUAAACAAGUAACCAAAUAACAAAUAAGUAGUUGUUGUUAGUUCACAGUCAUACUCCACUGGUGCUCUCAGACAUUUCCUGCUCUGCAUUAUGGCGACGUUGUCAUCAGCACAAAGGCAUGAGGAGAACCCACCGUAGAACCGUGGAGA